AACGAAAUAAUUGAUCUUUAUUCUAUUCUGUAAUAAUUGAUAAUUAUUUUGUGUAAUGAUACUUUGCCGAAGGUGCACGCUUCUUGUUCAGUCAUUCGGCAAUCGAGUAAACAUUAAGUAACAUUGAUAACAUUCUCUGAUUCGUAUUAUUAGAUCUUUUUUUUUUAUUUUUGCAAAUUGUGUUAGCUGAAGUGCGUUUCUAAAUUAUCAUAAACAUAUCGAUAAUAUUGUUGUAUUAUACAACAUAUAUACCUAUUAUAUUGUAUACAACAAAAUAUGCCUUAUAAAGAAAUAACAAUUGAGGAAGUGUACGCAAGGGAUAGUAAAUUGAAGAAGGAAGACGUCACUGCAUUAUUGGAAUGGAAGGAUAAACAAUAUCACUUACCAGAAAUUACAGAAUUACAGGCAGCUCUUUUUCUCCAUAGUUGUUAUUAUAGCAAUGAAGCAGCUAAAGCUACAAUUGAUACUUAUUUUACUGUCAGAACUUUGUGUCCAGAUAUUUUUGGAUUAAGAACUCUAAAUCAUAAGCCAUUAGAAGAAGCUAUAGAUACCGCUGUACUUACAGCUCUUCCAAAGAAAACUCCAUCUGGAGAUACUGUGAUCCUAGGAAGGCUAAUGGAUCCAAACUCAGCUCAUUACAAUCCUCCAGAACAAUGUAAAAUGUUCGAUGUUAUUACUUUAAUUAAUUUACACGAAAAAGGCCCAAUGAAUGGCGUUCAAAUCGUAAUUGACAUGAGCCAAUCAACAUUCGGGCAUUUUAUUAAAGUUAGUCCUGUACUUAUGAAAAAGCUUUUAUAUUAUUUGCAGGAAGGAAUGCCUAUACGACUAAAAAAGAUACACUUAAUCAAUAUAGCCUCAUUUGUUGAUAAAGUUUUAGCAUUAGUCAAACCUUUUAUGAAAAAAGAGCUUUUUGACUCUUUAGCUAUCCAUUCUGACAUCAAAACACUUUAUACAGACAUUCCUCAAGAUAUACUUCCUGCAGAAUAUGGUGGUAGUUGUGAUUCUUUCACGGUCAUCCAAGAUCAACUUAAGAACAAAUUAAGAGAAUAUGAAAGCCUUUUGAAAUUUCAAGAAAAUCAACUUGUGGAUGAAUCCAAGCGACAAGGAGCAAGAAAAAAUGCUGAAGAUCUGUUUGGGGUCGAGGGAAGCUUCAAAAAAUUAGAAGUAGACUGAUUCGGGUAUAUUUUUUACUAUGAUCUCUUUAAAUAAAAGCAUAAAGUAAUAACAAAAGGUCAUUGUAGACUAAAGUAUGUGCCUGAUUUUUGUAGAUCAUAUAUAAUAAACGUUAUUAAAAACGUAUAAAUAUUAAA